AUGCCGUCAAACCUGCCCUCGAGCUUUGCCUCGGCUGCGGCUGGUCAGAACGCGAACCGUGAUUCGCGAGGUGGAAGAGGUGAUGGGAGGGGAGCUGGAGGCGACUGGUCACGACGAGACGGUCGCUCAGCCAAUGGUACCUUGACUUUCCGGCGCUCUUCGACAACCCCAACGGGUCACGUCUCGAACCCCCCUCCCUCUCACGACAACGCUGUCCAACCUCUGAGCAUCGACGAGACGCCCGCCGCCCAGCCCCCAACCUACGAGCCGGGCCCCUCGCGCUACACAAAGGACGAGCUUCUGGACAUGUUCCGCUCUCAAAACCCCGCCGACGAUCCCUCGCGUCUCUUCAUGUCCGGGUGGAACCCUACCAGCCUCAACGGCGGCGGCUCCAGAGGCUGGGGCAAGAGCGGUGAUAAUCCUGUCCCGCAGGAACCCGGUGCCUGCUGGGACCAAAAUGGAGACACUGCACCUCUGGGGCUGCUUGACUUGUCCGCCGAGGAGAAGGAGGCUUUCUUGACCGAAAUAAAUUCGCCGCUCAAACCUCCUGCGCAGAACAAGGAGGGGCAUCAGGCCAACCUCAAUGGUCGAAAGUCCUCGGUUUCGCACGGCUCUGGCAAUACCUUCGGGGUCAACUCUCCCUCCUCGGCUACGCGACCGGGAACACGACGUCGCGAAACCAUGGAAUCGAACCCCUUUGGCGGUGGCGGGCUCGUCUCGCCAACCGCCGCCGGGCGCUUUUCGCGGGAGGACUCGUCGGCCUGGCUUCCUCGUAAAAGCAGUGAGCUGAGAGAAUCAGAGCCUGACGACCCAGACGCCGAUCAGGGUUCCCGCGAGGCCCUGGGAAAGCUGUCCACGGGCGGCCUCGCCCGAGCCAACACAGCUGGCGGGGGGGAGAGCCAUGACAACUCUGCCGCAAAGUCGGGCGACAACCAAAACGCUUCGGGUCAACAGUCUUGGCGCCCUCGCCCUCGCACCGACACGGACCCUUUUGGUGAGGCGGAACUGUCCGGCAGCGCUGUGCUUGGCGGCUCGCAAGACACCAGCGUGGCCGGGAAUCCCCACGUCGGGCGAGUGGGCGUCCUAGGAACUCCCAUCAAGGGCUCGACCGGCGACUUUGGCAUGUCGGGCUUGAGUCUGGGUGGCCAGCCGGGCGAUAAUGGCCCGGUGAGUCCGUCAGAGACCAAUCCGUACCGAAGCCCUCCCAACGAUCGUAACGACCACGACGAGGGUGAUCCUAGCGGCACAGAACGAUACAAUGCUACAACUCAAAACGAGCAGCACUCAACCAUGGGAUCUGUCGCCCGCGGAUUUGGCACGACUGCCUUUGAAGGUAGUGACCGUAGCCAAACCUCGAGCGUGGGCCCCAAAGGGUACUCUCUCGGCAGCCUCUCGGGCUGGCCCGCGACGGCUGGCCCAUCUGUCGGGACACCUGAUCGAGAGCGGCCCAAUUUUGGGAAUGUCUUCGGCAACUCCUUGUUCAGCCCCGUGGGUGAUCUUCAGUCUCCCGGCCUCUCCAAUCUCAGCAACGUGUUUGGUCCGGCAGGCACCGGUGGUCUUGCCACCAACAACAUCAGUCGCGGAAGCAAACUCGGCUCCCUUUUCCCCCCGGCCAUGCAAGCACAGAUGCAGUCUCAUGAGCACGAGCACAACCUGUCCGAGGCGGGGCCAGAUCCCCGCCAGGGCCACCCGCUCGGGGCCAUUGGCCGAGGCAACAUGCCCGGCCCGGUACGCGAUACAGAGAGUCCAAUGCGAUCCAGCCGCGGCAUGUUCGAGGAACUCUUUCCCUCCAGUGAGGCUGCCAGGUCUCACGGGUCGUUCAGUGCCGCAGAGACUCCACAGCCGCCCGGCACCGCCGCGGGAACCCAGUCCUUUACGCCGGUUCGUCAAAUGGUCAUGCCCGAUCGCAUGAGAUGGGUUUAUCUGGACCCUCAAGGCCAGGUGCAAGGUCCUUUUACGGGCCUCGAGAUGAACGACUGGUACAAGGCAAAUUUCUUCACACCGGACCUUCGUGUGAAGAAGGUGGAGGAUCCCGAGUUUGAACCGCUAGGGCAACUCAUCAGGCGCAUAGGAAACUCUCGCGAGCCGUUUCUCGUACCUCAGAUUGGGAUCCCCCAUGGGCCCCCAGCCCAGGGCGGCCCGUUCACUGCUGCAACCAACAGCGGAGGCGUUGUGCCCCCUCUCAGUGGCGUGUUCCCCAGCUUCGGGAGGACCCUGACUGCCGAGGAGCAGAACAACCUGGAGCGACGCAAGCAAGAGGAACAAUAUCUCAUGGCUCAGCAAAGGGAGUUCAUGUUGCGACAACAGGCCAUGACCAAGUUCCAGAUCCAGGGAGGACCCGGCCUGCAGCACCAUUCGAGCGCUCACAGUCUCCAGAGCCAGCCCAGCUUCGGCAGCAUGGCCUCUCCCAUCGGAAUCCCUCCGCAGCAGUCGCAACAGCCGCCUCCGCCUCCCAUCGGUUCGAUGCCCCCUGGAGGUUAUCAUGAACUUUCUGCUGGUGCCCAGUCGGCGAUGCGGGUCGGCCCGGCAAACGCAGACUCCUUCCGGCCGGACGACAUGGUCCACCUUUCCCCGGCCGAACGCCAAGUCUUGGCUACCCUUCAGGGCGGCUCUGCCAGUAACGAAUUGGCCGCGCUUCAGCAGCGAGGACUGUUGCCCGGGGAUGGAGAGUUGAGGUCCGGUCUGCCCGAGAUUGACCAACUCUCGGAUGAUCCCGAAGGCUUCAGGGAGCGCCUUCAAGAGUUUGAGGAGCUGCGCGCCCUGCACGAGGCGGAAAGGGCUGCCGGCAUCACGGACGACUUGGCGAAUGUGGACAUGGUACUGGAGGCGGCCGCGGCUUACGAGAUUCCAACCACUCAAUCCGCCACGACGGCGGCACCGGUACAGAAGACUCAGGCCGCGGCAGCUGCAGCCAGUCAACCCGCUGAACCUGACAUGCCGAUGCCGUUUCCUCCCCCGUCGUCAUCGACGCCCCUUCCAGCGCCGACUGCACAGAGAGUCCGGUCUAACCUCCCGGAGCAGUACAGUCGCUCCCAGAGCGGAACGCCUGACGCCGCUCACCCACCACCAUUGGCGCCAUGGGCCAAGGAUCCCGGCUCAGAAGGCCAGAAGGGACCUAGCCUCAAGGAGAUCCAAGAGGCGGAGGCACGCAAGGCAGCCAAGGCCGAAGAAGCUGCCGCUGCCGUGCGCAAGGCCGCCAUUGAACAGGAGGCCGCAAUGCUGCGGGAGAAGGAGCGACAAGCCUCCGUGGCCGCAGGCCUCCCGUCCACGAGCACAUGGGGCCAUGGCUCGCCAGUCUCCGCGUCGAGUCCAUGGGCAAAGCCGGGCCCCGCAAAGGGCCCUGCCCCCGGCAUUCAGACCCCCGCAUCAUCUGCAAGCAAGAAAACGCUGGCCGAGAUUCAGCGUGAGGAGGAAGUCCGCAAGCAGAAGGCAAGGGACGUUACCGUCCACCCUGGCCCUCCCGCCAUCACUUCCAAAAGCUAUGCAAACCUUGCAGGCAAGCCAAACCAGACUCCAGUCUCGACUUCGCCGUCUCCCGCGGCGAUGGUGGGCAGCGGCUGGGCAACGGUUGGCGCCGGUGGCAAAGUCAAGGCCCCUACCGGGCCGGUAGUAGCCCAAGGCCGGUCCCUCAGCACCAGCAACAUCAAAACGCCAGCUACGGUUGCCAAGCCUGCUCCCAAAACCCCUACUGCUGUGAACAACGGCAACGGCCGGGCCGAGACUACCAAUGCCGCUGCGGAGGAGUUCAACAAGUGGGUCCGUCGGGAGCUGUCUCGAGGCCUGACGAACGUGACGGAUAUUUCCGAGUUCCAAGGCGACCUAGAGGCGCUCCCGCUCGACACGGGCGUUAUCGCCGACGCUGUCUACAUCAACUCCAAAACGAUGGACGGGCGCCACUUUGCCGAAGAAUACGUGCGUCGUAAGAAACUGGCGGACAAGGGAGUCGUGGAGAAGCAGCCUCCAUCCGACAACACCAAGUCGGGCGGCUCCUCUGGCGGGUGGUCCGAGGUUGCCAAGCGUAGCGGCAGCACGCAGCCCAAGGACAACGACGGCGGCAGCAUGCAGGGAGCAGGCUUCAAGGUCGUGCCGAGCCGGAAAAAGGGCAAGAAAUAG